CGAAUACUUGAUGUUGUAUAUCAACAUCUGGCGGAAAGGAUUUGCAAAAGUCAUGUCAGAUAAAGGACUGUUAUCCAAAAUAUACAAAGAGUCAUUGGCUGCAGUUCUCUGGUACAGUCCGAGUGGUUGGUCCUGUUCCGAGAUGCUUCAAAGCAUUAUUAAAAAUGUUUGGAUCCCCAUGAAGCCCUACUAUAUUCAAGUUUACUGGGAAAUUUGGGUAGGAAUAAGGUUGAUGGGCUUCAUCAUUUGUAAAAUAAGGAGUGCUGAUAAAAAAAAUAAAGCUUUGAAAGGUUUGAGUCCUGCACCUGCUCAUGGUCAUCAUUAA